AUGUGUUUCAUUGAGGUCGGUACUACCAACCAAAGAGGCAGAAAGAACCCUGUUUUUGUCUCGGUUAAAGAAAAUCGGCGACAACCUAAAUUAUACUGGGACAGUACUGGAGCAACUGACCAAGUCAGUAAAAAAGCGGAACGUUCCCUUAACGAAAGGGUCAGGCAGCUAUCAGGAACUGAUCAAGCAGCACGCAAAGAGGAAUCAUUUCUUCGCUCUUACCUUGGUUUCUAUUUCAAAAUUCCAGUACAUUUCAUAGAAUCUCCAACUCUCACACUCCGAAUACGACCGCCCUCCUUUAUUUUCUGGUAA